UUCACUUUUCUGCCUGUGUGAUUGUCCCAGCACACCUGGAAAGUUCUGCUAGAACUCAGCUACAGGAAGUUCAGAGACAGCAAGUAAAACCUUUCAUGACCCUUGACCACCAGGUUGUCCACCAGACUCUUAAAAGGUCACACCCUCCAACACCAAGCAGUACACUUCUGGUACAGCAUGGACACCAGUCUCCCGAGAGUGACACUGGGCUCACUGGAAAUCCACUCACCAAGUUGCUAACUCUUGGGAAAGAAGAUGACAAUGUGGAAUGGCAUAUGGAGGACGUUAUUGAGGAUAUAAUCGGUAUGGAAUCAAGUUUUAAAGAGGAAGGAACAGACUCUCCUCUGCUAAUGCAAAGAACACUUUCUGGAAGUAUUUUGGAUGUGUAUAGCGGUGAGCAGGGAAUUUCACCAGUUAAUAUGGGCCUUACAAGUGCUUCUUGUCCAAGUAGUCUACCAAUGAAAAGAGAAAUUACAGAAACUGAUACUCGAGCUUUGGCAAAAGAGAGACAAAAAAAGGACAACCACAACCUCAUUGAAAGAAGAAGAAGGUAUAAUAUUAAUUACCGAAUCAAGGAGCUUGGCUCUCUUAUUCCAAAGUCUAAUGAUCCUGAUAUGCGCUGGAACAAAGGAACCAUUCUAAAAGCAUCAGUGGAGUACAUCAAGUGGCUACAAAAGGAACAACAGAGAGCUCGAGAAUUAGAACACAGACAGAAGAAAUUAGAGCAGGCUAACAGGCGCCUUCUACUCCGGAUUCAGGAACUAGAAAUACAGGCUCGUGCUCAUGGUCUGCCAACCCUGGCUUCACUUGGCACAGUUGAUUUAGGUGCUCACAUCACCAAACAACAGGCCCAUCUUGAGCAGAAUUCAGUAGACUAUUGCCAACAAUUGGUUCUGUCUCAGGGGACAAGCCCUGAGCUCUGUGAUCAAGCUAUGGCCUUCUCUGAUCCUUUGUCACACUUCACAGAUUUAUCAUUUAGUGCGGCUUUGAAAGAGGAACAAAGAUUGGAUGACAUGCUACUGGAUGACACAAUAUCUCCGCUUGGAACAGAUCCUCUGCUAUCUGCCACUUCCCCUGCAGUUUCCAAAGAGAGCAGUAGGAGAAGUAGCUUUAGCUCAGAUGAUGGUGAUGAGUUAUAAAAAAUAAACAGGCUCAAUUCAUCAACUGGGAAUCAAUUCUA